AAUUUCUUGUCGAAAGGUCAUGUGACUUUUCUAUGCAUCGUGAUACCACUCCUUUUUAUUAUUAGCAUUAUCCUUAUUAUCAUAAUUCAUCAUCUUCUUCUUUCUAAGCGCAAUCAACCCUUAAUGUAUGUUCAAUUUUCAACCACCGUCGACGGCCAUUGUGAUCUGAGUUCGGUUUUUUGUACUUUGCAUGCAUGUCAGCUAAUAAUAUACCAAUGACUCGCCGGAGUAGAUCAGCACUGGUCCCCAACUGGAAAUAUGAUAAUCAUCACCGGCGGCCGUCGAGUUCUGUGGCGAGUAGGAGAUCACCGGCGCACUUCUUCAAGAUAAUACUCCCAUCUACCAUGGCCGACAAAAAACUGAGAAUCCCUGAAAAGUUUGUAAGGUUGUUUGGGAAUGAACUUGCAACCGUUGUUACACUCACUCUUCCCAACGGUUGUAAUUGGCAAGUGGGAUUGGAGAAAGCUGAGAAGAAGAUUUGGUUUCAUGAAGGUUGGCAUGAUUUUGUAGAGAAUCAUUUUAUAGAUAAUGGCUACUUUUUAGUCUUCAGAUAUGAAGGAAAUUCAACUUUCCAUCUUCUCGUAUUUGACAAGACUGCUACUGAGAUCCAGUAUCCAUCAAGAAAAACGGAUGAUGAAAUUGACCAUAUGGUAUUGGAUGAUGAAGAAAAAUCAAGCCACGACAAGCUGAAAGAAAAUGAAAUGUCAAACAAAGUUGUGUUUUCCAUAAAACAUGAAGAUGCAGAAACAUUCGACUGGGAAAGAGUUUCUGACACAUCCGAGAAAGAAAGACUCAGGAUUUGCAGAGGAAGAGAGAGAGCAAUCCAAGCAGCCAGAACAUUGACGCCUAAAAAUCCUUCGUUCGUGCGUUUCUUGCGGCCCCAUAAUAUACGAAAAAGUUUUAUGUUCUUUGCUGUGCAGUAUGUGCCUGCUAAAUUUGCUGCAAAAUAUCUUUCUCUGAACCAAAGUGUAAAACUUCAGACUUCUGAUAAUGGGAGCCAAUGGCAUGCCAUGUGCUGUUACCAUAACAAGACCAGUUCGUCAAUGAAAAUAGCAAAGGGAUGGAGUGCAUUUGUCAGGGGCAACAAUUUGAAAGAAGGAGAUGCCUUUGUCUUUGAGCUCAUCAAGAGGAUGCCUACUGUGCUUAAGGUCUCCAUAUUUCGCGUAGCUGACUAUGUUUGAACUAACUUUUAGUCUAUGAUCAAGAAGUACUUGUAUAAACUGAUCAUCGAUUCAUCAGGGAGGCUCAUGCAUGUUUGAUAUCUAGUCUUCUUCUUUGUCUUUUUUGGAACUGAUUCAGUACUUGAUCCAUCUCGUUUUGUUGACUGUUAGAAAAAUUUGUAGGAACCUCGCCAUUCAGACUUCAGAGACUGUAUUCUAGUAGAAGAUCAACUGAAAUACUAUUA